UGCACAAAACUUGUGCACGCAAAAUGUCGGAACUACACUUAGUCAUGUUCCCUUUCUUUGCAUUUGGUCACAUUAGUCCUUUUGUAGAGUUAUCCAACAAGUUAUCAUCCUAUCCCGGUAUCAAGAUUUCCUUCUUGGCUGCUUCAGCCAGUGUGAGCCGUAUCGAAACCAUGCUAAACCCUACCACCUCCAAAGUCAUCCCAUUAACUCUACCGCAUGUCGAUGGUCUUCCCCCGGGGAUCGAAAACACCUCUGACACCUCACCAGCCACCCAUGAACUUCUAAAAGUUGCAUUAGACCUCAUGCAACCUCAUAUAAAAACUUUACUUACUAACCUUAAACCAAGUUUCGUGUUCUUCGACUUUGCACAAUCGUGGCUGCCAGAAAUAGCGUCUGAGCUUGGGAUAAAAACCAUCCAUUUCUCGGUUUUUACGGCGAUUUGUCGCGCGAUUGUGACCCGUUGGUUCAACCAUGACACACUACCAACUAUAGAGGAAAUGAAAAAACCUCCGCCAGAUGUUAAAUCUCAUCUGCAACUGCCUGGAACCAUCACUUUGAAGACCUUUGAAGCUACAGAUUUCAUGUACAUGUUCAAGAGCUUCCAUGGCACACUAAGCGUAUUCGAUCGCUUAGUGAAAUGCUUCAAUGAAUGUAAUGCCAUACUCAUCAAGACAUGCAGAGAAAUGGAAGGACCGUACAUCGAUUACUUCAGCAACCAAGUUAAGAAGCCAGUUCUUCUAAUCGGUCCAGUGGUUCCCGAGCCAAACUCCAGUGAAUUAGACGAAACAUGGGCCAACUGGUUGAGCCAGUUCCCAGCUAAAUCGGUCAUAUACUGUUCUUUCGGAAGCGAGACUUUUCUGACCGACGAUCAGAUCACAGAACUAGCUUUAGGGUUGGAACUAACAGGACUUCCUUUCUUCCUGGUGGUCAACUUUCCAGCAAACCUUGACAGUUGUGCAGAACUGAAUAGAACACUGCCUGAAGGGUUUGUAAAGAGAGUGAAGGAUAAAGGGGUUGUACAUUCAGGAUGGAUGCAACAACGACACAUACUGGCACAUGAAAGUGUGGGAUGCUAUGUGUUCCAUGCCGGUUUUAGCUCGGUGAUUGAAGGUCUGGUUAACGACUGUCAGCUGGUGAUGCUGCCAUUGAAGAAUGACCAGUUUCUUAACUCUAGACUGGUUGCUUUGGAGUGGAAGGCUGGAGUGGAAGUGAAUAGGAGAGAUGAGGAUGGGUAUUUUGGGAAAGAUGAUGUGUUUGAAGCUGUGAAGAGUGUUAUGAUGGAGACUGAAAAAGAACCAGCAAAAUCCAUAAGAGGAAAUCAUAAGAAAUGGAAAGAGUUUUUGCAGAAUGAUGAGAUACAUAACAAGUAUGUUACAGAUUUUGUUGAGAACUUGAAGGCUAUGUGAGAACAUGGUUAGACCUUUCUUUAUCUCGAGUUAUCUGAUAUGAAAAAUUGGUGAAAGGUUUGUAUUUAUAUAAUUAUUAUCAACAUGUUUUAUGAUGCCAGGUAGUAAAAGAAUGUGUAGAUUGCUUGUUUUCAAUUCCUACGUCGGUUGUAGCAUAUCGUCUGUCGGUUGUCGCCUCCCACAGGCAGGAAAAGCGCACCGCGCCUAGGAAAGAGUUCUGAUCUUGAGUACACCUUACUGUCAAUAAGUUGAGUAUUCUAAGGCCACAGGGGGCGGACGGUGAUUUUUCCGUGAUGGCCAUAUAUAACGCGUGGAAAAUCACAAAUUCCCACCGCCACCUCCAAGUAUAACUCGUGAUAGUUCAACGGUUUCCGAUUUCGUUGUUUUCUUCACGCCGUGA